CUUCAACGUACAAAAAGUCGAAAAGCAGGUUUUCCCUCUCAAAAAGAGCAAGAUUUAUAGUUCUUCUUCAUGAUAAAACGUGAAUAUAUAAUGCUACAUACACUUAGUGUCAUUGUUGAACCGUAUUAACAAAAAAAAUAUAUAUCUCAAAAAACAGGUUUUGGCAAAAUUGUAAUAACUAGACGUCUCAAGCUGAGCUGAACCUACCAAAAACCAAACACCUAUAAUGGCUGACUGAAAACUUGAAGAUGAUCACCGCAGGCUAAAUUGUCAGACGGAGCAAUACUUUUUCAUUUCUCAUGGAAACGGAUCAUUGACAUGUAGUCUCUAAUGUUUUGCAUUUCCUUUAUAAAACAGGAUUUCUUUUUUUUUUCGUCGCGUCAAUGAGAACGACCUUUUAAGGAUGUCUAUUUCAGUAUUGGUGGGCGACUCUACUGACUCAUACCACCAAACGUGGUGCUGACCACACAGUUCAGCCGAGUUUGCCAACACCAUCAUUUUCCCAUUCACCUGCAAGUUCCGCUACUAGAAGGGCAGGAAUUACGGCUUCGAUAAGGGUUCCAGUGCUAAAUAUUACUCUUUAAUCGUACGGAACAUUUGGCCUCUGACUUUGUUUUGGCGACGAACGUUUUCAGUGUAUCUUCACUGAAUCUGGGGAUAAAGCGCGAACUUGCGGCAGUUCGUACAUCUCAUAACGCUUAGGAAGUUGCAAGUUUAUUUUUCCUUGGUCUAUUCUCUAGAAAAUAGAUUUCGCUCGUGGCGGUUAAUUAAAACGCUUCAGCAAUAGCGACAAUUCAUAAAAAAAGGUUUACGACAGAGCAGUGAUUCGUUCACCGUAUAUUAUACCCAUUGCCAUCAUUUACUUUUGGUCAAGUGCAGUGGUUGGCUAAAACAUUAUUGACCAACUGAUAGUGGACGCGUUCUCUCUUUCCCUAGUCAAUUACAAAAGUGUCUGCUUUUUCAGAAAACCGGGGACCUCCGUUCCCGCCCUUUUCCGACUCUCUUAACAAACCCGGCGCUGAUUUCACAAACCCCUAUCUUUGGAAAAGGCAUCCUGUGAGAAUCUGCUUCAAGGAUUCUGGCGCAAAACAACGUUACCUUGAUUCAUUAGAGCAUGCGGAAUUAGAGGCAGCUUCUGAUAUGCCGAUGGAACCGUCUGAUGAAGAGUCUGAGAAUGUUGCCGAUGAAGGUGAGCAGAGCGCUCAAAUUGAGGAUAACAACUUCACCGAACAGCCUUCGGCUUAUUUGGAGUCCAUGCCUUCCGGCGAAAAGGAAAGCGAGUUAGAGGAUGAUGUUGAAGUGAAAGAUGACAACAGCGAUGAUCCGGAUUUUGAGCCUGUGAACCACCGGCGGCGGCGGCGACAAAGCAACUCUCGUCCCUCAAAGCGUGCACGUCGCUCUGUGGUGAAAGAUGAAGAUGAUGAAGACGAGGAGUAUUAUGAAACUCAAACUCGAAGAAGUCAUCGUUCCAGUGUCAGCUAUGGUGACAAUGACAAUUAUGAAGAAGACUCUAGCAAUGCUUCGUUUGUGGACACAGAGUCCGAACUAACAAGUCUUGAAUCGGAGGAAUUUUCUUCUGAAGAGCAAACGGGUACGCGACGUUCCGCUCGACUUCGUAACCGGCAACAUGCGAAUGGUGAGGAAGAAGAGGAAGAGGAGCAUCGCCCAACUUUGCGGAAACGCAAAUCCCGACCAGAUUAUAGACUGCCAGCACCCGAUUAUGGACCAGAUGAAUUGGAUCAGUUGAACAACACCACAACCUCCAAUUCAAAUCGCAAAAAAACGGCAGCUGAGCAUGUGGUGAUACGCUUAUUACAGAAACAGGUGAACAAUCCCGUUGACCUGGACUUUUUCAGCGAUUCCGAUGAUGAAGGUAUUAUUGGAAAACAAGUUGGUGGUGAUUCGGGCAUAAAGGCUUUAGAGGAUCCAAAUUCCGCGGGCGGUCCAGCAAAUUUCGGUCAGGUGAACAAUACGAAGGAUUUGGCAGACUUGGAUCCUUUGGGGGUCGACAAAUCUAUCUCGUUUGAUUCCGUUGGGGGUUUGGAUAAUCACAUCAAUCAAUUGAAAGAAAUGGUAAUGCUCCCAUUACUGUAUCCCGAAGUGUUUCUUCGUUUUAAUCUGAAGCCUCCUCGUGGUGUUCUUUUCCAUGGACCGCCUGGUACAGGAAAAACGCUGAUGGCGCGUGCGUUGGCGGCCACAUGUUCUACUGAAGGAAAGAAAAUCUCGUUUUAUAUGCGGAAAGGUGCCGACUGUCUUAGCAAAUGGAUUGGUGAGGCAGAACGGCAAUUAAGGUUACUGUUUGAAGAAGCGAGAAACACUCAACCUAGUAUCAUCUUUUUCGAUGAGAUUGACGGUUUGGCUCCAGUGCGAAGUAGUAAACAGGAACAAAUCCAUGCGUCUAUUGUUUCAACUUUAUUAGCGUUGAUGGAUGGUAUGGAUGGUCGAGGACAGGUCAUUGUGAUUGGCGCCACAAACCGCCCAGAUGCAGUAGAUCCUGCCUUACGACGACCAGGUCGUUUUGAUCGUGAAUUUUACUUUCCUUUGCCCGACUUAGAAGCUCGGAAAUCCAUUAUUAAAAUUCACACAAAGAAUUGGGACCCUCCCUUGGACCCGAACUUAUGUGACUUGCUUGCUCAGAAAACUAAAGGGUAUGGAGGCGCUGAUUUGAGAGCUUUAUGCACUGAGGCGGCUCUUAAUGCUGUGAAGCGUACAUUCCCUCAGAUUUAUAGCAGUUCACAAAAAUUACUUCUUGAUCCAAAAUCAAUACAAGUUAAGGUUAAGGACUUUGUCCUCUCCAUGAAGCGGAUUGUGCCGUCUUCACAACGUUCUGCAAUUUCAGGUAAUAAGCCCCUGCCUGCUGAAUUGGAAGUAUUGUUAGGACAAACACUAAAGUCAAUUUUACGCACCCUACAUCAUAUAAUGCCACUUCCAAAAAAGGUUAAUAUUAUGGAGGAAGCAAUGUACGAUGAUCCUUGUGAUGAUAGCUUCGAAUAUCAGCAGAGAUUGGACGACUUGGAAACUUUACGUGUUUAUCGACCUCGUCUCUUAAUCUGUGGUGAGAAAGGUUUAGGCCAGGUUGACUUGGGACCUGCCAUUCUCCAAUACUUUGAAGGUGUACACGUGCAAUCCUUUGACUUGUCUACCCUUCUACAAGACUCCAAUCAAAGUUUGGAGAGUACUAUUAUUCAGUUAUUCGCAGAAGUUAGGCGGCAUACACCUGGUGUUAUUUAUAUUUCGGACAUUGACAGUUGGCUUAAUGUACUGCCGGAAAGCGCGAUUGCGACGUUUUCUUCUCUGCUUGAAAGUUUAGCACCUUCAGAUCCAGUCUUAUUUCUCGCUAUUUCUUGGGUGCCUCUGGCCUCUUGUCAUCCUUUGCUUCUUGAAUGGUUUCCCCAUAAACGUUCUGUAUUUGAAUUACAGCGGCCAUCUAAGCGAAGCCUAAAACUCUUCUUUCAGGCAGUAAUUGACCUUAUUGCGAAACCUCCCACUGAAUUACCAGAUGGCGUGCCGCGGAAAAAACGGACACUUCCAGAAUUGCCAAUUGCGCCUGUUGUUGUUGAUGCAACUCCGGAGAAGAACCAAUUAAAGCAAACAAAACAUAACGAUAUGCGUCUUCUUAACAAACUGAAAAUUAAACUUAAUGCGCUGCUGGGAAGCUUGAAGCCUCGUUAUAGAAAAUUUCGGAAACCACUUAUCGACUUCAGUGAUAUACAUUUCGUCGAUCCGGAAACAGGUGACGCUCAGGUUUCGCGAGAUGAUUGUAAUUUUGAAUUGGUUGACGACCAAGUGCGUCGUAUUGGCACUUCAGAAACGUUUAGCAUGAUGAGUUUAGAGGAAGUGGAGAAACGUGUUUGGGAUAACAGUUAUUGCACUCCUCUUGAAUUUCUUAAAGACAUCAGACUUAUUCUCAAGGAUGCCCUUAAGCUUGGGGACCUCGAAACGAAAAAGCGCGCACAAGAAAUGUACACCAACGUUCAGUUUGCCCUUGAAGAUAUGGAGGAUGGCCAUUUCUUUCAAGAUUGUGAGCGGAUGGCUGUCCGUGAAGCUGAACGGAGGCGCAUUCGCCAAAAGAAGCUUGAUGAGAGACUUCGCCUGGAGGAAUUAAAAGAAGCAAAUGAGGCCGCACUAGCAGCCGCUUCGGUUGUUCACACACCUGUUUUACAGGAAGAGGAGGACAUGCAGCUCGAUUCGCCGAAUACUGUCAUGAAAAUACACAUGCAACUGCAGAAAGACCCUUAUGAACUGAUUCCAAAGGUAAUUGCGUCAAAGGAGCCUCCUUCUGUUCCUCAAGAAUUAAGGGUUCCUACCGAAAAAGACGAAACUGUCGACGUACCUACAGCUGUCCCGUUGGAACCAGACGUUGCGGAGGAGGUGAAAGCGGAAGAAAUGCAGCUGCAUUUAGACAAACAAAAGUUAAGUGAGCUCCGGGAGCAGCUGAUCUCAAGCACCGAAAACUACACCGUUGAUCAGCUUGAGCGGUUACAUGCAUCGCUUUACAAAGUUAUAUGGGACACUCGGAGUACUUGGGAUCGUAACGUUGUAAUUUCUAAAUGCCUCCGCAUCGCCCAGGAGGUUAUUGAGGACGAGAAGGCAAAGUAGUUUUCCACCAAAUCUACUAAAAGCUGUGUGAUUUACUAUUUAAUUAAAUUGGGUGCUUGUAAAUAGCUUCAUUCAUAAAAUUACAUUGGUCAUUUUCAAAACAUACAGGGUGUCAUCUCAUAUACGGUGAACACACAUUCACUUCAGAUGAACGGUAGCACAUCAAUCUGCCAUGUAAGAAACAUCGACAGGUUGAAUGUCCGCAGAUUCUUUGCUGACUCGAACAUCUUCAGUGGACAAUACUGUUCCAACAUCACCAUCUGCAGCGGUGCCUAGCUCAGUAGCGUCAUAUUUGGCGCGUCCUUGCUCAAUUAGCUUUUCAACUUCCAUACGAUAGGAAAUAAAUUUGAGUUUGGGAAAAGAAGCGCGUUUACCAGCGAGAAUCAUUCGACCGAGACGUUGCUCAGUAGGAGGAUCCAAAAUGUAAUAAAAGUCGGACAACAGAGUCUUAGGCCAAAUCGUAACAGUUCCCUCAAAACGCUGUAAGAAGACGUUGCUCCAGUCUUGACCGAAAGGGCGCGGCAAAAGUUCCAGACUGCGUACAACAUGAAGCCAUUUAAUCAUUUCAAACUUCAAAUACUGCUCCAAGGCACUUCCCAAAUAACCACCUCGCCAGCCCUGACCUUUGCGAUGGGAGACAGGUCUGCCUAUAGCGCCACGAGGAGAGAAAAAGAAAAUUUGAAUAUGGGGAUUCGUUUGGCUGACAAUGGAGUAGUGAACAUUGAACUGGGUUCGAAGUUCUGCGAGCGGUAUAUCUGUACGCAGACUUCCAUCUCUCCAGCGAUUGCCAAAAUUGUAUGGUAUAAGCUUGCCAUCAACCGAACGUGUCAUUAAAGGUACUGGUCGUAGAAUCCCGGGGACGGCACAACUAGCAAUGACAGCACUCCAAAUGAUUGUAUUGGGAGCUGUCAGAUAGUUGAUAAUUUUGGGCGGCGAAUGGACAUCGCUUGGAACGACAGUGAUAUUGAGAAUACGACCUGUGCGCUCAUAGGCUUCAGCGAAAGUCAUACUUCCACGGGUAAACCACAUACAGGUUCGAGCCCAAGCUACUUCACUAAAACGAGCGCCUGUUUUAACGUACCGAACAAUUGUAUCCAUAAAGUUCCCCAUUUGCGACUCGAAAUGGGAAGCCAUUUGAGGCACAAUUAUCUCUUUUAACUCUUCAUUCGUUCGCGUACAUAAUAAAGCAGCAACAAGGCCACCACCGCUCGUACCAGUAAUCACACUGGGAAGGAGAUUUUCGUCCAAAAGUGCACGAACAACGCCCAAAUGAUAGAAAGAAAAACUGGCACCGCCCGACAAACACAAUGCCGUUCGUCCAAAAUUCCGGGCAAAGUACUGGAAAACACGCCGUGACUCGUACUCGUCAAAAACGUUCUCUGUAAGCAGCAGCUGUAAACACUCUGUAACUUCCGUGUAAAACUCGUCUACAAGUUUUUUGGUGCCAUAGUAAGUCUGGGAGUACAGCAUAGGACUAUCCAAGCCUGCAAAAUUGCUACGGACACAGACGUCCAAAGUUGACUUCAGUGCCUCCCAAUUCUUUUCUUUCCUGUGUUUACGGAUGUUGGAGAGUACGGUUCCGACUAAUGUAUAGUCGUAAUACGCGAACUUUGGGUCGUCAAACCAUUCGUCAUGACCCAAGUACUUGUCUAAAGCAAUCGCAUUUGUUUUCCACUCUUCAUAACUGGUAGACUUGUUAAGUCGCUUUCUUAAACGUUCAGCUUCGCCUCUCCAAAUGAAGACAUUUUCGUGAAUGCUAAUAAACAAGCGAGUAAAUAUGUACAGAGAUCCAGUAAUUACUAAUGAUAUCAAGGAAAACAACAUCAAUGGCCAUCGAAGUAAAGGAUACGUGAAUCCUUCACGCUUUUCGUCCCUUCGUUGCCGUCCACUAAAUCGUUGAACGCGUUCAUUAAUUGGAUUCCAGUCAUGUUGAGCUUCAAUGUAUUCAAUUCGCUUGUCUCUUUCCGACUGAUGCUGUGAAGUGUAGUUACGAAAGUCGUCUAAGUCUGUUUCAUUAACAUAGGAUUGCCUUAAAUCUGAUCCUAAGUCCAUAAUAGGAGCCGACAUAUGUUUUGAUUCCGAGUUCAAGUCAGAAUUUCAAAAAUGAUACAAAAUAACACAAUUGAUGUGUAAGGACCGUGUUCUUAUGGAUAUUCGCGUUCUUAUAAUCGUCAAUUGCUGUUGAGGAAGUGGAGGAAGAAAAGUUCCUUCUGAUGGCAAAUGUGAGACUAGGGUCGGACCAACGGUAUGACACAAGAGUUCGCUGGGUUCGAAAAGUUCACACGUUUUAAGAUGCAUUGCUAUUAGCUUGGACAAUUAAGAUGACGAGAUUUUUGGCAGCAAACUCUUUAUGUUGCGGCAUUUUGUGCCUAGAGACGCUGUAAGACCGCAAGAAAAAUUGUUUCAAGUAGCAGAGUGGUAAAAUAAGCCGUUUCGAGCCCGAUGAGAAAUUGAACUAUGAAAUUCAUUAUUGUUAAUUAAAUAAAUACUGCGAAAUAGGUCUCUCGUACUGUAAAUGUUUAUUUACCUCCCCUGUUCUGUUAUGUUUCUAUUGAAUAAAUGUUAUUAAGGUAUUUAAAUUCGCUUGUAAGCGAAAGUUUGAACCCUUUCAUAAAUAGCAAUAAGUGGCUCAAACGCGUCCUUUUGUG